GUCGCGUCCGGGUCCGGGCAGGCAUCACCCCAACGAUCGUAGCCCAACACGCACGACGCCGGCAGCGCUAAGCUUCUCUUUGCAGCGCCGCCGGCGUGCCGCGCCACCGUGGCCCUGAGCCCCUGAUAGGCCAGCCGCUGCCACACGUAAUGACGUAAAACGUGACGUAUUUAGGGGUAUAGGGAUCGGCGCCCAGCACCUGACCGUUUUUUGUGCUAGAGAAGAGAAACCGGGCCCACCUCCUCCAACUCCAAGCCCUACAAACCACACCACUACUCACUUAAACAGGCAGCCGCCGGCACGCAGCCCCCCGCACCUCUCUCGUCCCCACUCCCCACACCCUGCUGCCUGCAUCUCAUCGAUCUCCUCCUCUCCGACGACGACCAUGGCUGAGACGACCCUGCUGACGAGGAGGUCCAAGCGCAUCGCUCUGCGCGUUUCCCUUGCCGGAGCCAAACCCAGCUGGCGUGACUGGGCCGGCCUAGCGCCGCUGGCGGUGGAGAAGAUCGCCGACCGCCUCCGGGACGAGGACGUGGCGGACUUCAUGCGGUUCCGCCUGGUGUGCAAGCUGUGGAUGGACGGCAGCGGCAUCAGGAAGCCUCGUGAGCUGGGCGCACGCGUUAUCGACCACAGCUUCCACCCUCGCCGGUGGAUCCUGCUGACGGAUGAGAAGAAGGAGGCUGAUGAGGCGACGCCCACGCGCCGCAUGCUGCUCAACCUCACCACCCGGAAGACCAUCCAGGUGGAUCUGCCGGAGCUCGCCGGGCACUCCGUGGUCCCCGGACCCGCCGCGGCGCCGGAGGGCAUGCUGGUGGUGCGCGACGAGAGGAGUCUCGUCGUGCGCCUCCUCAACCCGCUCACCCGCCACGUCGUCGACCUCCCGACGCUGCUGACGCUGCGGCCUGGAAACCGCCGCAGGGGCCCCGUUCCCAGCUCGUUCGCCGAGGACCACGAGGUGACGGCGGCCGGCUUCGCCGACGCGUCGACCAUCGUCGUGUACUUGGGCAACGCCAACCAGUUGGUCGUGGCCAGGCCCGGAGACGCGCGCUGGACGCUGGUAGGUGGCCUCGACCCCGAGUUCCCGCUGAGAUCCACGGCCACCUUCCAGAGCCGCUUCUACUGCGUGGAUCGCUGCCAGCUCCUGGUGGUGGACAUGGAGCGAGGACCACGGGCGCAGCUGGUGGUCGCCGCCAACCUGGAGCGGCGGUACCGCACGGUGGGCAUGGUCGACGACGGCGGCAGGCUCAUGGCGGUGUGCAGCCGGGACCAGGUCGUGCGUGCCGAUGCCCGUUGGAUGAGCUCGCUGGAGACGCGCGUGGAGCUAUUCCAUGUGGAUCUGCAGGAGGAGAAGCUGUCGCGGAUCGAGGACCUAGGUGAGCGGGCGGUUUUCGCAGGGUUACGAGGCGCGGUGCUUCUGCCGAGUACCAAGUACUACUUCUCGGUGGACCGUGGUACGGUGUUCUUCCGCUUCGGAAGCUCCCAAAGGCAUUUCGGUGCGUUCCAUGUUCGUCGCCGUCACACGUGCUAUAUAGCUUCAGUGUGGGGUAAGCUUCCGCAGCGUGUAGCUUCCUAUGUCACCACCCUCCGUUAUCUCUACUAGUCCGAUCCUCUCCGCGCGGCCGGCCGGUGCUAGCUAAACUGUUGUUGCAGCAUGCAUCAUAAUAAUUUGGUUUCAUAUAGCCAGGGAAUAAUUCUUCGACAUAUAUCGCAUGCUGCUGAGUUUCAGUUUGUAUUUUCGGUUGCUCAACUAGUUUCUUAUUACCUUGGACUCAGCAUAACUAAUGUUAUUGCAACUUCAUUCUUGAAAUGGUUAUUUCUUUUCAAAUGCUUACUUUGUUCCAACUAUAUAUCACACAUAUAUAUGUUUUUAUCUUGUUCUCCA